CCAACUUGGAGGAAACUUUUUGCCGUGAAAUCGCUCCCCAGCGCAGAACAUCUUUGUUCUGUCAUGUCAUUGAGAAAUAGCACAAUGACAGUACCGUGAUAAUAAAUUGUUUGUUGUGAUAAAUUAAACUUCUUACACUUUACCUAUGAUAAAUUUUAGUAAAUUGAGACUUGCAGCCUUUGCAAGAACAUGCAGGCUAUUGCAGACGCGAUGGGGCUCACAACUCGUGGAGUGCGGUCCGGACCUAUCAGAGCAAGGCAUCUGCGCGGUGGACCCGUGCGACCCCUCGCAAUGCUUUGACCAGCCUCGCGUGGUCAUCAUCGGGGCCGGCAUGGCGGGGCUGUCGGCCGCCGCCCGGCUGGCGACUAAGGGCAUCACUGACUUCACCGUGCUGGAGGCUAAUGAGAGACCUGGCGGACGUAUUCACUCGUGCUGGCUGGGCGACGUGGUGGCCGAGCUCGGCGCGCAUUGGAACUCGGACUCUGUGACCAGCAACCCCAUCAUGAGUCUGAAGGCCUACGAGGACCCGCCCCGCCCCGGCGUGCCCGCCGCCGAGCACCCCCGCGGCCUCAUGGACCGAGUCGUUGCCGGCAAAAUGGAGUUCCCAACUACUAUUACAGCUUACCACAAGUUCCGCCAGAUAGAGAAGGAAGCUGCUCAUUUGUACGCCCUCGGAGGCAGCAAGCAACACGGGUCGAUGUUGAACUUCAUGAGCAUAAGGAUACAGCAGGAGCUGCACCAGUACCCGGAGGAGCAGCAGCACGACGCGGCGCGGGUGAUGUUCGGGCUGGUGCACAUGCUGCAGGCGAAGUGCGCGGGCGACGCGGCGCUGCUGUGCGCGGACCACGGCGGCUGCUUCAUGCGCCUGCCCGGCGGCGACGUGCGCGUGCCGCUCGGCCUCGUGGGCGCGCUCGCCCCCCUCCUGCGCCAGAUCCCCGACGGAUGCAUAGAGUACUGUAAACCUGUCAACUGUGUUUACUGGGGAACCAGCCCCAAGACGGGAUAUCGCGCCGUGGUGCAAACUACCGACGGCUCGGAGUACCCAGCGGACUAUGUUAUUGUCACAGUUUCUCUCGGCGUGCUGUCCCAGUGCCACGACAGGAUGUUCUGUCCCGCGCUACCCGGAGCCAAGCUGGACGCGAUACGCUGCCUCGGGUUCGGAGCUUGUAACAAAAUCUUCAUGGAAUACUGUCACCCGUUCUAUUACUGGCACAAAGGGGACCUCAACACGCUGAAUGUCGGUGGUACGUCUUUCGCGGGGCUCUGCGGCUGGUUGCAGGGGCUGGGGCGCAUAGAGGUGGUGCCUCAUAGCAAGCACGUGCUGUGUGCCUAUUUGUCAGGCGAUGGAGCUGUAAGCAUGGAAAGUCUGUGUGACAUGGACGUGGCCGAGGGUAUCACUGACGUGUUGAGGAAGUUGACUGCAAACCCUAACAUACCGUAUCCGAAAAUGAUGCUGAGGUCUCAUUGGUGCACCGAUCCGUACUUUGCUGGGGCGUAUUCUUAUGACGUUAGUAAUUCUGGGGGGCAAGCGCAGAGGGCGCUGGCGUGCCCGCUGCCGGGGGGCAGUGACCCGGUGCCGCCGGUGCUGCUGUUCGCCGGGGAGGCCACGGUGCCGGGGCACUACGCCACGGUGGGCGGCGCCAGGCUCAGCGGCAUCCGGGAGGCGGAGAGGAUCGUCGAGCUCACGGUGCGGCUCAAAGGACCCCCGCUGCCCACAGACAAACCUAAAGAAACAAAAGUAGAAGCUCAGGCGAAAUAAAUGAACAUUGUAAUAAAAUGUCAUAUCCAAGCUUCGUUCGUUAUUGUAAAAGUAACAUUUUCACUGUUUACUAAGUACAGACUCGUCAUAAGCGAGUUGCCGAGACAAUUUCCGGUUAGUUCGGAACUUUGAAGAUACUUAAGAGUUGGAAUGAUUCAUCUUUUCUCAUUUGUUCGUGCCAACUAACUGAAACGAAGCAAAGAAAUUGUUUUUAUUCUGUGUACCUAUACCAACGAAACUUUUUAAGACCGACUUACUAAGUUUGUUAUUGUUUAAAUAUGACUUUUUGUUUAUUUGAAAUGUUUCUUUAAAUUAUA